CCCCCGACAGCGCAUGGGCGAGGGAAAGGUGCGCGGUGCAAAAUUGAAGAUGCGGAAUCUAGACUUGUAAAAUAUUUUAAAAGUGGAACGCCAUUGCAGUCAAUUUUAGAUACUUGGGAUUCGGAUAUCAGUCAACCCACUUUGGUGUACUUGGGCGACGAUAAAACAAAUCCGUCGACAUUUUUCAUCAUUUGUGACAAGUUGGCCCUUCCGCUGAAUGCCAGUAAUUCUACAGAGGCCAUCGACUCUCUUUUUAAGGCUCAUUAUGUGAUCGGGACAAAAUACGACCAAAAUUUGGAUGGAUUAUGGAAGUUUAUGCAAAUUCACGUCUUCCAAUUAGACAUUCAAAACACAACUCUUCCGCGCAAAGCAAAACAAGUCCUCCAACAACUUUCAAGCCUUUCGGAAAGCAAUUGACCAGUAAUUUUAAUAAUAUAAAUUUCGGUAAAAAUGUAUUAUUGUUCUGAGUGCAGAAAUACGUUUACUCGGGUAGAAGAUAUUAUUGUUCAUACAAAAUACAUUCAUAAUAUAGGUAGUGCAAAUUUUAGGAAAAGCUUUUGCCCCUUCAUAAAUUGUUCCGUUCAACUUAGUUCUUGGAGUGGUUAUCUUAGGCAUUUAAAAUCACACGAUGUCUCGACCGCAAUUAAUGUUAGUGAAGUAAUUAAUGCGGUAGUUAGUCACGAAGCAUUGGAAUCUCUUCCGACGAAUAAUAAUAAUAAGUUGGAUGAAGACGAAGUAGUAGAAGAUAUCUCAGUUGAACUAGGCAUUCAAAUUAUGUCGGAUAUUUUAAGUAGCUUUUGUUCCUCACUUUUAGCAAAGGGUGUAACAAACACAACAGUAGAUUUUGUAGUUCAGGAAUUACAAUUUAGUUUUACACAAGUAAUUAGUUUAGUCCUAAAAUUAGGGAAGAAGUUUUGUAAGGAUGAUUUUGAAUUCUUCAGUUGUCAAACUAAAGGUUUAAUGCAAGCUUUUGCCACAAUUAAAUCUUCAUAUCAAAGACAAAAAAUGUUUGAGAAAACGGCCAGACCAAUCUUACCCAGAGAACUGUCAUUAGGUAGUAGAACUGAAUUGAGAGUGAAAAAUAACAAACGACAACAAGUAAUUGUUCCCGAUACAUUCAUGUAUGUCCCAUUGCUCAAAACUUUAGAAUCCAUUGUAAAUUCCCCAAAAUAUUCAAAGUUUUUUAUAAAUUAUAAUUCCAAUUCGCAUGAGGUAAAUGUUUACAAAAAUUUUAGCGAUUCUAAGUCCUUCAAAAAUAAUAUUCUCUUCUCCAAAUUUCCUAAUUCGAUUCAAAUUCAAUUAUUCUACGAUGACUUCGAAACAGUAAAUCCAUUGGGGUCGAAGCGUGGUGUACAUAAAAUUGGGGGAAUUUAUUUCACAAUAAGAAACUUCCCGGACUAUAUAAAUUCCAAAUUAAGUCAAAUUCAUUUGUUGGCUCUUUUUUAUACUGAAGAUGCUAAAAAAUAUGGAAUGAACGCUAUUCUUAAAUAUUUAAUUCCGGAUAUCAAGUUACUAGAAAGCAGUGGGAUAAAAGUGAAUGGGUCUGAAACAAUUUACGGAACGAUUUCUAGUUUAUCUUGUGAUAAUUUGGGGAUGAACUCUUUAUUAGGUUUUUCAGAAUCUUUUAACUCGCAUUAUUAUUGUAGAAUAUGUUGCACGUCGAAGACGGAGGCACAAGAGGUGUUUGAUCACAAUUUGAUGCACAUUCGGAGUAGACCUGAUUACGAACAACAUUUGAGACAAAACAAAUUUGGGGUUCAAUCCGAAUGUGCAUUGAAUGAGCUGCAAUAUUUCGAUUUUUUAAAUUCCCCAUCAGUGGAUAUUAUGCACGAUUUAUUAGAAGGGGUUGUGCCAUUUGAGAUCAAGAUUGUGUUGCAAAAACUCAUAUCUUUAGGCUGCUUUAGCUUAGAAAUUGUAAAUCAGCGACUUAUGGCCCAUAACUAUGGAUAUUUAGAAUCCAAAAAUCGACCAAAUCCAAUUCGCUUAGAUAGCACCGGACACAAAAUUGGUCAAAAGGCGGCACAGGCGUGGUGCUUAAUAAGGCAUUUACCAGUAAUUCUGGCUGAUCUAAUCGUUAGUGAGGAAGGAAGUAAAUAUUGGGAGCUUAUUAUUCAACUUUUAGAAAUAAUGAGUCUAACGUUUUGUAGGAAAUUUUCAUCUUCUAGUUUACAAAUUCUCGACCAGAAAGUAAUGACACACCACAAAUUGUUUCGUUUUUUGUUUCCACAUGAACGACUAAUUCCGAAACAUCAUUUCAUGUGCCACUACUCUCAUGUAAUUAGACAAACUGGGCCAUUAAUAUCUCUUUGGACAAUGAGAUAUGAAGCAAAGCACAAUUAUUUUGCACAAUUAGCUGCACAUAUUAAAAACUUCAGAAAUAUUUGUUACUCUCUAGCAUUUAGGCAUCAACAAUACAGCGCAUUUAUGAUGCAGUCCUCCGAAUCAAGCGAUAGUCUUAAAACUGAUCAUAUAUUUAUUGUCAAUCUUAGUAAUUUUGUCGAUUCAUUCGAUUUAAUUGAGAGUUUAAGAUUAUUUGACUGUUAUCAAAAUUGUGACGGAGAAACACAAAUCUAUACAACCAACCAGAUUUGGUAUCGAGGGUAUAAUUAUAAGACGGGGUUUGUAGUUUGUUAUGAAAUGGGUAACGUAUUUCCAAAAUUUGGAAUUAUUAAUGAGUUUCUUUUGCCUAACGAUAAAACUUGUUAUUUGCUUCUUAAGGAACUAGAUGUGGAGUAUUUUGAUCGCCAUUAUUUUGCGUUUAAAGUAAAACAUAAAAUUGAUAUAUUCAAAGUUAUUUCAAUUACAGAUUUAGUGGUUCAUGACUGUUUUGAAAUUCAAAGAAAUUGUAGCAAUGAAUCGUUAUAUUUAGUUCUUAGACAUCAUUUAUAAUUUACACGAGUUGAAUGUAUAUUACAAAAUUUCGAGUUUUUAAUUAUAUUGCAUAAUGUAUUAUUAAUUCGAACAUGUCAUUGGUAAAUUUAAGUUAGUACACUUUAAUCGUUGUAAAAUAAUUAAUUUUGUCAUCAGUAAAUAAAUA